AAAGGUGCAUUUCCACACUUGGACGCUAGAAGGAGCAAUGAUGCUUUCACGUUUGGGCGCGCGUUUGACGCACGGCUCUGGUUGCUGAACCUCGCCGGGAACUGCAGGACCUGCCGGGCAGGAGGAGGGAGGCAAGUGGACUCGUUGCAACACCGGGCCUUUGGGUCGUUUAUGUUCGCAUCGACAGCUCACAGAGCACCGCUCUGUUAACCUGGACUGUUACGCAGCGAACCACAUCUUCGACAUAGACACGGAAGAUUGCAAUAAUGAGAGUGAGACAGUAAAGGACCUUACAGCAACACACUGGAAUCCAAGGAGUAGACCAGUCAAGGAUGCUGGAGGCAGAUGCAGGUGCAGUCCCGGCGGAGCACGGAGACGCUGAGAUGGACGGCAGAGAUUUGAGAGCCGAGGUGGUACGGCUGACUUUGGAGCUCCAAGAAGCAACGGAGGAGAAGCUGCAGGCCGCCCGCUAUGGCCUGGUGGUGCUGGAGGAGAGUUCGACUCUUAAAGUGAAACACCGGCAACUGGAAGAGGAGCAUGAAACUCUCAAAGUGGAGUUACAGGAGCUCAAAGAGGCCUUUGCAGAUUCUGUGAGUAGUCAAAAGCGAGCAGCUGCUGAUGGAGAGUGCCGGGAGGAGAGUUUGCUACAAGAGACCGCAUCUAAGGAGGCUGCUAUGGCAACACGCUUGAUAGAAGUCCAGGCUGAGCUAAAACAAGCACGCCUUGCACUCUGCAACGCUCACGGAGAGAUCGACAGACUUGGGGGAAUCUCAAAUCAACUGAAGAAGGAUUGUGAGUGUCUGGACGCAGAAAAAGGACACCUUAGGGAUGAAAUGAAGGAAUAUAAAGUGCGUGAGCUGCGCCAGUUACAGGAUAAUGGUGAGCUGGAAGAAGAGAACAUAUCGCUUCAAAAACAGGUGUCUUUGCUCAAGGAAAACCAGGUUGAGUUUGAAUCGCUGAAGCUUGAGCUGAACCAAAAGAAUGAGGAGCAGGAGGAGCUGCGGGCUCAGAUGGAGGAAGCUGCCAGGCUGCGGGAGAUUGCAGAGCAUCAGUUGGAUGAGGCCCUAGAAUCCUUAAAGGAGGAGAGGGAGCAGAAGAACAGUCUACGACGGGAGCUUUCUGCCUUUACUCUAAACCCCUUUGAUUCUGUGGGGAACCUGGAGAUCCACUUAGACCAGCUGGAUAACAGCAAGGAGGACACUCAGGCCGGAGAGGGUGAAGAUCAGGGAGAGGACCAAGACAGUGGCAAUGCUCCAGGGUCUGCCCCAAAUUCUCCUCAUUCUCCUCAAAUGAGGGGCUCUAAAAGUAAUGGCGUCAUACCUCGUUACUCGAGUCCACGCAACAGCGACGUAUUCUUGCGUGCUCCGGCCUCUGGGCUGGUGUCUGACCUGCUGAGCGAGCUCCACUUUUCUGACAGUCAGAAACUCAAACAGCAACUCCUACAGGCUGAAAGAGAGAAAUCAAGUCUUACAAGCAAGGUGGAGGAGUUACAAAUGCAUCUAGUGAUGUCCAGGCAAGCACUGAGUCAGCAACAGGACAAAGUUGGUUCCCUCACCCAACAGCUGGAAGCUGUGCAGAGUAGCCAAGAGCACAACCAUCACCCAGAUGAUGGAGGUGAUGACGACGCUAAAAAUCGAGACCAUAGUGAUGUCGUCUUUGACUACGAGGUUGACACAAAGAGCAAGGAAGUGCUGGAGGCGCGUAUGCGUUCGGCCAGUGAAGAGCUUCUGAAGCUGCGGGAUGAACUGUCUCAGGCAGGCACUCGCUAUAAUACACUGGAGCAGCGAUACAAACACGAGAAGGAUCGUUGGCGAACUGAGGCCCAAGAACUGGCUGACAAGAUUCGCCAAUGCAUCAAGUCCAGCAGGCAGGACCAGGAGCGGAUCAGUGAGCUGGAGAUUGAGAUUGGAGCCACACGAAAAGUGGCAAGUGAUUCUGAAGGUCAUCUGAGUGUGGCUCAGGAAGAGCUGUUGGCCUUUUCUGAAGAGCUGUCCAACCUCUAUCACCACAUCUGUGUGUGUAACAACCUAACACCCAAACGGGUCACGCUGGACUAUUACCGUGAAAGUGCUAGGGCACAUGGUGGAGUUGGUGCGAGAAGGUCACUCAACAUCUCCACCCAGCCAAACUCCCUGAAGAAGACACGAGCCAAUGACAUGUUCAUCUCAAAAGCUUCAGCUUUGCAGUUUAUGGGGGAGGUAGACAGUGCAGGAUCCUCUGUAGACUCGCCUCAGUGCCCUGGUUCGCCCAACCUGGAUUUUAGGGACCCCUCUAACGUAAGCAACUUGGUUGCAGUCAUCAGAUGCCAGAUCAAACACCUCCGGGUGGCAGUGGACCUCUGUCGUCAGCGGGGUGCAAUGCCUUACUCUGGGUUGAGUAGCACUGUUGAAAUGGAGAGAGAUGCUGAAAGCCUGCUAGAGGAAGUACUCAAACUUAAGUCCCUUCUUAGCACCAAGAGGGAACAGAUCGCUACUCUGAGGACUGUCCUCAAAGCCAACAAACAGACUGCUGAGUUGGCCCUAUCCAAUUUAAAGACCAAGUAUGAGACAGAGAAAAGCAUGGUAUCAGAGACAAUGAUGAAACUACGCAACGAACUCAAAGCCCUGAAGGAAGAUGCUGCCACAUUCUCAUCACUACGAGUGAUGUUUGCAAGUCGGUGCGACCAGUACGUUACCCAGCUGGAUGAAAUGCAGAGGCAACUAGCAGCUGCAGAGGAUGAGAAGAAGACACUGAAUUCUCUGCUGCGCAUGGCUAUCCAGCAGAAAUUGGCACUCACCCAGCGCUUGGAAGAUCUUGAGGUCCCCUUAUCUCCUCACAGCUUGAACAGCAGCCCUCGUCGCUCCAGAGCAAAGGAGUUAGCCACCAAGUCAGGACGAGCUCCAAGAAGCCCACGAAGUAGCCCCGCGCGUCCCCCCAUGAGGAGCAGCCCGCGAGCUAGUCCAGUUCUUGGGAGCAGCGUUCCUGCCAUGGCCACGCACCACUUGCGAGCUCUCACACGAAGCCUCCACACAAGCCCUCGCUGAAACACUCCUCCAUUACUCCAAACCCUUUCUUCUCCAAAAGGACCCGUCUUCAUUUUGACUCCCUGGUUCCCUCCUCCCUACCUGACUCAAGGCAUCUUGUUCAUCCUCGAUGUGGUGCUGCAUCUCCCACUCUUCCACCAGAAACAUGGAUAAAAGUAAAAUACAACUCUCAUCCAACUCUCUUGCAUGCAGCCUGGAGAUGGAUGAAGAGGACAAAAUGUGCUGCUGCUUAUUAUUAUUAUGUCAAGUCCUUGAUUGUGUCUUCCAUCAACUUCCAUCUGGUCUUGAUCAAGGCUGUGUGUUGUGAGUUACCAUUGACAGUAUUUAUUUUGCGGUCUAUUGUGUUUGCUGUCUUUCCAUUUAAGCCUCUCUUUGAAGAUUAUGUCUUUGCAAUCUUGCCUUUAGUCUGCUCAGGACUUUUGGUGUCUUUUUGGGUCAUUAAGCAAGUAGGUCAUCCUCUUGACCCCUAGAUUAAUGUGUUUUACUGAACAAUGCAGCCUUACUGACACUCUCCCGCUCUUUUUGCUAGUAACUAGCCUGCUAUUUUUCUUAGUCGAAAUCCCUUUUUUUUUAAUUUCUUAGAUUUGUUUGGCCUUGGAACUGGCCUGCAAAACACAUGUUUUAACACGAUUUCAGCAGACAGCAUUUCCUUCUGACGGAAAUAAACAGCCAUAUAUACCCCACCUCAGGUCAAAAGACAAAUAUUUAUGAUGUAUAAUUUGUAAAAUCUUGAUUGUGCAUCUUAUUCUGUCAACUGUGCUGGCAAAUUCAGGACAGUCUGUACGCUUUUAACGGCAUUUGAAACAUCCUGCUGCUUAACUUGCUUAUGAUUUGUUUUGGCACAAGUAGCCACUUGAUUAGCAAAUCAUAAAGUGCGAGUGCUAUUACACCACUUGGCAGUCAGUUGACCAAACUUGCAAUCUUUAUUCUGCUCAUUUUUUGGUAAUUCAUAGCAGAUUGCAUUACCCAUAGCAAGCCAGUUUCAUUUAGAUUGUUUUCACUUUGGAGCUCAGAGCAAGCUGAUGAUCGGUCUGCUGCUGGCAGUGAUUAACAAAACAAAAACGUACAAUUUGCAAGCAGUAGCAAAGUGUGACUUGCUUUUAUAAAAGUAAAUUAAUUUAGGAAAACUAAAUAUUUUAGCAGGAGCAGUAAAACAAUGUUGCUGAGCUUGGGCCUUGCGUUGCAAAGAAAGGACAUGGUGAAAAAUUAUGCAGUAAAAAUAAUUGAGUACAUGGAUCAGAUAUACCCUAUAGAAUAGAUUAAUACAUCUGUCUACACUGUAACUAUUACAGUGCUUCAAAUGUGUAUGCUCUGGCUGAAAACAUUCAAAACACUGAAAAUAGCUGUUACAACCUUUUAAAUUAGACUCCUAUGCAUGCAUCAUGCAAGCUGAUGAUCGGUCUGCUGCUGGCAGUGAUUAAAGAAACAAAAACUUACAAUUUGCAAGCAGUAGCAAACUGUCUUGCUUUUAUAAAAGUACAUUAAUUUAGGAAAACUAAAUAUUUUAGCAGGAGCAGUAAAACAAUGUUGCUGUGCUGGCUAAGUGAGCUUGGGCCUCGCGUUUGAAAGAAAGGACACGGUGAAAAAUGAUGCAGUAAAAAUAAUUUAGUACAUGGAUCAGAUAUACCCUAUAGAAUAGAUGAAUACAUCUGUCUACACUGUAACUAUUACAGUGCUUCUAAAUGAGUAUGCUCUGGCUGAGAACAUUCAAAACACUUAAAAUAGCUGUUACAACCUUUUAAAUUAGACUAUGCAUGCAUCAAAUUGCUUGGAGAGGUAACCUCCUGUUUUUUUUCUCCAAACUAUUUGUUUUUGUGCCUUUUUGUUUUGACUUUGUCUCCUGUUUUGGACGGUUUUUGGUGUGUCAGUCACUGGAGAUAAUUAAUCCAUGUUUCACUUUGUCACAUAUAGGAUGCUAACACAAACAAUAGGUGUUGGGUUCAUAUCAAUGCCUUUUAUUUAAACACCUGCUGUUAUUGCACUGGAGAACUGUUGCACCAAAGUUUGGCAAAGAGUUUCUUUGCGCCUCCAGACAGCAUAUUGAAAAACCUAUACCAUUAAGUUCCACCACUAGUAUGAAAAUACAUUUAAUGUGCCCCGGGCCCUUCUGGUACUUCAUUACUUCACACUGUUCAGUUUAGUUUUUGUGCGCCUUGUUGAAGACAAAACACUGAUUUGAAGGACUUGUCAUUGCAGUUGUGAUCAAACAGCAUUGUCGUCAAUAAGAUGAUCAAAUAUUUUCACUUUGUAGCUUAGGCAAUAACUGGUUAAACUAAUGUUCCCCUUCAAAAAAUGUAAUCUAGGAGAUACUCGCAUGUAUUCUGCACAUCCUUAGCUAAAAAGUGAAAAUGUUUUAGGAGAAUGUUGUCUUUGAAGGUUGUAAAUGGAUUUUCCAAUCUAUUUAAUUCAAAAUGUAUAAUUUAAUUUUUAUUGUUGUGAAUGUAAAAAAUAUUUAUGCCGUGUGCUUUCUGUAUAAAUUGCUCUAGUCCAUGUCAUGCACACACUCCACAUCAUUUAAAUUUGUAUGCCCUCAUGACCUGUGAGCCAGUUUUGCCCUGAACAAUAAAUCGAACAACACUGUAUACCAACGCUGUUUUUGUCACUUACAACUGUCAACAUUUGCAUUUGAAAAUAAGGGGGAAAUAUUUUUUUAAAG